AUGGCAAUACCCUCAUCUACACGUUUCUGGCUUCAACUAGUGCCUCUUAUUCCAUCUCUGAUUGUGACUUUCAUUAUUCUUUAUUAUUUUCUCAAAAAGAGAGCACUUCGAACAGCACUACACAAUCAUGUUAUCAUUCUUCUUCUAUCCGUUGGAUUGAUUGAAGAGCUUAGUGGUGUUGUGUGGGACAUGUAUUUUUAUCGUAAUGGUGUUACUCCAGUAUCAACAACUGUCUUCUGUUCUUCUUGGGCGUUUAUGAAUUCAAUAACCAUCGUCUCAAACUACAUUUUGAUGACUUGGGCGUCGAUAGAACGUCACAUCUUGAUUUUCCAUUCAGAUUGGUUUGCAACAAGAAUGAAACGUCUACUUUUUCAUUACAUUCCUCUGAUGAUGUGCAUCUUAUAUCCGGUAACAUUUUAUUUUGUUAUGCUCUUCAUUGUUCCUUGUGAUAUUCCAUUGAAACUCACAGCUCAAGAAUGUGGUCGCUAUUCAUGCGUUACUCGUAAUCCUCGGAUUUCAUUAUAUGAUAGUAUUGCACAUUGUAUUUUACCUGCAUUUGCAAUCGUUAUAUUUAGUGCAGCACUUUUUGUACGGGUCCUAUGUCAAAAAUACCGUGCUCAUCAAAGAAUCAAUUGGAAAAAUUAUAAGAAAAUGGCAUACCAAUUAUUUCCGAUAUCUUUUCUUUAUACUGUUUUAGUAUUACCACCGAUGAUUAUGUAUGCCGCUUAUUCCGGCGGUCUACCACGAACUGUGGCACGCGACUAUUACAGUGAUGCGAUCUUUUUUGUUCAAUGGGUUAUAUUCUUCACUCCAUUUGCAUGUGCCAUAUCAUUACCAGAAUUAUCAACUAAAUGUCGAAAUGCAAUAUUAUUUUGGCAAAGACGACAUACUGUAGGUCCCGUACAACUGUUAACUGCAAGUCGUCCAAAUGCUCAUCAAUAG